AUGACUGAAAUACCGAAGGAAAAACGUCUAGAAUUGGCCAUUGAGGCUUUUCAUAAAGGCCAAUUCCCAUCAAAAACGGCCUGUGCAAAAGCCUUUGAUGUGCCUCCAAGGACCCUCAUGACUCGCCUCGAUGGGACUGUCUCUCGCCAACAUACAAUUGCAAAUUGUCGCAAGCUAUCAAAUACUGAAGAAGAAUCCCUUAAAAACUGGAUUCUAGACAUGGAUAAACGUGGUCUACCCCUUCGAGUAUCAAAUGUACGCCAUCUUGCUCAGCUUUUAUUAUCCGCGCGGUCUAAGCCAUCAAAAGACAUCUCUAUCAGCGAGAAAUGGGUCUCCCGAUUUAUUCAACGCCAUCCUGAGCUCAAAUCCAAAUAUACCCGCCAAUAUGACUAUCAGCGUGCCAAAUGUGAAGAUCCGGAGCUUAUAAAAGGCUGGUUUAAUCGUGUUCAAGAGACUAUCCUGAGAUACGGCAUUGCAGAGCAGGAUAUAUACAAUAUGGAUGAAACUGGCUUUCAAAUGGGAGUGGCAUCAACUGCAAAGGUUAUUUGUGGAUCAGAGACAAGAGAUAGCCAUGCCAAAUCUAUCCAGCCUGGAAAUCGCGAGUGGAUUACCAUAAUAAUUGCCAUAAAUGCCUCUGGACAUGCUCUACCUCCGCAAAUCAUUAUGGCUGGGAAAAAGCAUCAAUCUCAGUGGUAUUCAGCUAUUCCAAAGGAAUAUAGAAUCAGCUUGAGCGAUAAUGGCUGGACUAAUGAUAUUCUGGGAUUUGAAUGGCUUCAGGAGAUGUUUGAGAAGCAUACUGCUUCUCAGACAGCUGGCAGAUAUCGUCUUUUAAUUCUUGACGGCCAUAGCAGUCAUGCCACUGCUAGUUUUGAUCAAUUCUGCACUGAGAGAAGGAUUAUUCCGUUAUAUAUGCCUCCUCAUUCAUCUCAUCUACUUCAACCGCUUGAUAUAAGCUGUUUUGCGCCACUCAAGCAUUAUUACGGCCAGAAAGUCAGAGAGAUGGCAGAAAACAACAUCCAUGCCAUUGAUAAACAAGACUUCAUAUCUAUCUACUCCAGCAUCCAUGGCCGUGCAUUCUCUAAGGCCAAUAUAUUGAGUGCAUUUGCAGCUGCUGGUCUUAUUCCUUUUAAACCAGAGAGAGUUCUUGCAAAACUCAACAUCAAGACACCGACACCACCUUCUUCCUCAUCCAGCAACCAAUCCUUUUAUUUAGGAAGAACACCAGUCAAUCUCUAUCAGUUGAAUCAGCAGAAAAAGCAGAUUCAAGAACUUCAAAGCCAAUCCCUAUCUUCAGUUGUUGCAGAGCAGAUGCUUGAAAAGUUUAUAAAGAGCACAGAAGUCGCAAUGCAGGAUGCUAUUCUAUUAAGACAGGGAUUCCAUCAGCUCCACACGUCAAAUAAGCAUCAGAAAGGGAAGAAGAAUAUGACACGAGCCUUUAUUCAAGAUGGAGGUAGUCUAACUGGCUCUGAAGGUCAGCAAAGGUUGAUUGAGAGGGAGGCGAUACAGGAGCCAUCAAGAAGGCCACGGCGGCCAGCACGAUGCAGCAACUGCAAUGAAGAAGGCCAUAAUAGGUUAAAAUGUCCUGCUAAAUAG